AGAAGUUAUUUUUUAUGCAGUCCUUGCAGAAUUUGCGCAAUGAUUUCAUAUUUAGGUCAGAAACUUUUUUGACACUGACUCAUUCUUGAUUUUAAGACAGAGAAGAACCAUGGGUGCUUUCAGACGGAUUAUAGUGACAUUAUUUCAGAUCAGAAUGCUUCAGUUUACAGCGGCAGCCGGUCAUCAGUCAUUCAUCACGGUCAAAGCUGGAGCCGAAGAAACUUUGCCCUGUAAAAAUGUGAUCCAGGGACAAACCAGCUGUGAAAAUGCUGAGUGGACAUUCACUGUCCCAGGAGGCCCAGCCGAGCUGUGGUUCCAGCAUGGCCAUCUUACUGAAGCAGCUAAAAGAAAAGCUGACAGACUGAGUGUUAAAGCAGACUGCUCACUGAAUAUAAAGAACAUCACAGCUGAGGACGCCGGUCUGCUCAUCUGUAGACAGAUCUUUUCAGGUCAUCAACAUGAAAGGUCUGAAUUUUACCUGUCUGUAAUCACCAUUGCAGAGCAGAGGGAUAAUAAUAAAGUCACCUUUAACUGUGCUGUGUCAGGACACUACCACUGUAGACACACAGUGAAGUGGCUGUAUGAGGGUGAUGAGAAAUCAUCAUCAGACCGGCCACAGUCCUGCUCAGACACUGUGACCUUUCACCUUCAUCAGGACUCAACAUUGAGUGGGUUACUUUGGUGUUAUGUGACAGAACAGGAUACUGGAAGAGUCCAUCUCACCUCCUUAUACCCUCAGUUCUCAGGUGAGAGCUCAGAAAAUCCUAAAAUGGCAACAACAGGCUGGCCGUGGUGGUGCAUUCCUGUUGCUCUGGGAGUGUCUUUAAUAAUAUUUCUGGCUGUUGUCAGGUGGAAGAAAAUGAAGGGAAAAAGAAGGCAGCUGGAAGAAAGUACUCUUUAUUCCUAUGCCACCAUAAACUUCCUGAGACAGCCGGAUGAAAGGGAAAAAAUCUCUACCGCUGUGACCUACAGCUCUGUGAAGGCUUCCUCCUGCGCUGCUGGAGCUUCCAUACGUCCAAACAGCAUCUAUUCUACUGUCAGAUAACUACAUCAGUAGUGUCAAAUGUGAUGCAUAUACUUUUAAUUUUAUAUCCAAGUUUCUAAUGGGAUUCAGAAUGUAAACCAGUGAGAAACCAUAAGCAAUAGUUGGCUACAGGAAAAAGGUUUAAAGUGGA